AUGGAAUCACUAACAGAUUGGGAGAGAGGUAUAACAGAUAUCCAGGUGCCACCAGUAGCCGGCGCGUUAAGCCGCAAAUGGAGCGCACGGACAGCUGCGCACGCGCAAGACACUGCCACGGACCAAUCAGCGCCAGUCAACAACAGUACCGAUGCUUGCAAGCUGCUUAUUUAUAUCGGCGAUGCCAAAACUCCGAUGUGGCGUCUCAACCUCUGUGGAGGUAACGCUGCAGCAGUGGCAGCGAGGGCUGGUACCAAGCUGCUGCCCUCUAAACUGAAGAUAGUGUGGAACCCCCCCACCUCCCCUUACCAACACACCGAGAAGUUGCGGCUUGUUGUCACUGCUGUUAAUAGUGGUUCCAUAUGCAACAACGAUUCCCAAUUCAUUUGCGGUGUGACAAGCCUUUGCAUAUCCUCGUACCUGGUCUGUGAUGGAGUCAGGCACUGCCCUGGAGGAGAGGACGAGGAUCCAGCAGCCUGCUCCCAUAGGCAUGAUCCCCCACUCCUCGAACUCCUUAGGAGAUUUGCUGCAAGGAAUCAAGAGUUGCUGGGGUUAGACCAGCCUGAUGGAAUGACAAAGCCCUCUGUUAUAAUGAAGAUCAGUGAGAGUGAGAAGCCGUCGAAUGCUUUCAUGGAGUUUGCGGCUGCGCUGAAGCCGUACGGACCCUGGAGCUACCUGGUGGUCGGCAUGCUGGUCUGCGCCACUAUACUCAUGUUCUGCUUGGCUUGGGAAUGUUGCUGCAAGCGCUCCAAGCCGUCAGACACGCCAGUCAACAUCCCGCCAUCUUGCAUCGAUCUCUCUCCUACAGUGACAGUGACGGCAGCUUCACAGCAGCUCUUCACCCAACCCCUACCUCCCUCCCCUCCUGAAUACGAACCACCCCCAUCCUACUCCUCAUUAUUCCCCCGAGCCUUCAAAUCAUCCCCAACCCCAGUUCCACACUGCUCUCACCAAGAACCUCCUGAUUGAAUUCACGAACUCAGUUUUAGUAGCUUUUAAGUAGACUAUUACAAUUUUAGUAUUAAGUGUAGUGGUGAAAAGACAAUGAUUGACACAGAAAUAUGAUUUUAAUUAAGCGAAAUUGUAUCUUAUUGGUAUAUGCUUAGAGACUGGUGAAUUGUGAUUGGUUGUUAUUAUAGACACAGGGUGUUCAUUUAUCUACCAAUUGUUGUAUUUUUUUUUGCUAUAUUUCAAUUCAGUUCUUAUAUCGAUCAUCAAAUUAAAAAGAAAAUGGAAGAUUAGCGCGAUUAGAGAAAUAUUAAGAUUCUACCAAUCACCUUUUACCAGUCAUACUAAAGCGCGUGAUGAAAGCAACCAAGAAAAUUGGACUGACUUAGUUGCCUCGUUAAAAUCAAUGACCUACCAAUGUCUACCAUACCUAAUUGAUUUAAUGACGUAAUUUUCUAAAAAAAU